AAUGGGCGAAGGAACGGAAUGGGUGAUGGGAGUGUCGCAGCUGCAAGAAACAUGGAGACGACCGUACCUCACCGAUGCUCCGGUUCUGCUAGUCGUCUGUCAUGAGAUUUUCAAAACUGUGGGAGGUGCACAAGUGCGGCUCUUCCACUAUAAUGAAAUCAGCACUGCGAUCGCUGUCGGCAUGAUGCUGUCUUCAAUACA